AAAACCCUCGUCUAGAAUUCUAGUUUCCUGCUAGGAUUUGUGCCUCCAUAAUUUCGUCCAUAUUCUGUUACUUUUUUCGUGUGCUCUACAACAAUUGGGGAAGUUAAACCCUAUCAGUGUGUGUGUGUGUGUGUGUAAAUAAUGGAUAAUUGCAAAAGUUUGGAUUUUUUUACCCAACAGGAACGAGGGUUCAAAUAAAGUGGCGGAAUUAUCUUAUGUUCAAUAAUCCGUUGUCAGUUUUGUGCUGUUUUUUAAUCUUGUUUAAUUUGAUUUUUGCUCAAAAUAGAAAUAUCCUAAUUUGAAAAUAUGAUCAUGGUAACUUGGUGGAAUUUUAAUUUGCUGUAUUGAAUCUGCUUGGUUUAUGUGAAAUGCAGGUACUUGUUAGAAAUGGGAGUACUUUUGAGAGGCAGGAUUAAGGGAUAAGUAAUGAUGUUCAGGAUUAUGAUCGGUGCCCAAAGAUGUAGAUGUAGUGCUAGCCAAAGAAAUGAAUGAUCUGAGCCUUCCCCUUUCAUUCCGAACCAAUACAGAGGCGGUCUAGUGUGACGAGACAUGAAAGUUACUCUUCAUGAGACGCUUAGAGAUCUCAUUUUGCACAAGGCUUACACCAUGGAGUUGGAAGCAGAAGUUGCUAAAUUAAAGGAGGAAAAUGAACAAUUGCAGAAGAAACAGGCGGAGAUAAUGGAAGUGCAGAAGAAUCAGGCGCUGGAGAUGGUGAAACAGCAGAGUGGGGCGAAGAGGCAGUGCUUGAGAAGGACACAAACUGGGCCGUGGUAAGGGCCACGUGGAACGAGAUACGUCUGUGUAAAUAGUACAUAGAAUACGACGUGGUUCAUGUUGUUGUAGAUGAGUAUAGAGAGAGUUAGAGGAGUAGCGCUUCAUCGCCUUAGGAUGCAUAUCUCAUGUUUCGAUGGAAUGUAGGUGGAAAAAGUUUUACAAAGGGUAGUCGAUUAGGUACAAAGAUUGGUAGAGUGCUGUUCCCAACUCCCAAAGUGUCGUGUUUCUCAUGUUCGUA